CCUGGCUGUCGCCUGUCACUCCUUUGAUUAACACGCCAGCCAUUUACGGGUAACGACCUGUAGUCUUUAAGAAACCUUUUGCCGCGUCCCCAACCUCCUCGACCAUUCUCAUACCCUACGUGUCUCCCUUCCAAAUUCCUGCUCGAUCCUCGACCCCGAUUCGGAUCCUCCGCGUUACAUCAACCCAGAGCCUCUUCCACGUCCGUGCACCGUGUUUCACUUGGACCGAGCGACCACGUUUUUGCGCGAUAUCGCAGCACUUUUCUACACCCAAACCUCUUGCCUGCCGGAGGGACUAUCGACGGGUAGCAGAUCAGCUUCUCGAAAGGCCCCAUUCCGGAACCCAAGGUCCCCAGUUGAUUGCGCGACCGGUGAGGCCUGAGCUCUUGAACCAAAUCCAUGGAAUUGCCAUGUUAGAACCCACAGUCUGGACUUGAGUCAUUUCUCUUCAUCAGUAUGGCUUUGGCUUUUCUUCAAGCACGCACCCUCAGACGAUCAACCUCAACAUUCAUCGACGCCUUUCUAUGACAGUGAGACCGCUGGCUGGAAAGAAAAGCAAAAGCAAAGCAAAGCAAAGCAAAGCGAAGCGCAACCGCCUCUACGAGACUCAAGACUCAAAAUCCAAGCGCAAGCACGAAGGAAACCACGACUUCAAACCCGAAUAGUAAGAACGAUCCGAGACGAAUGGCCUUUCUCGUCGACAUGGCGACUCCUCGUCGCCCUUCGUCACUGCUGAACCGCACUUUGAGCACCCCUCCCACCACACCAAUCACGCCCACCACGACAUCGAACAAGACCUCGAAACCUCAGCCUGUCCAGUAUCCAGCCUCGAUCCUGACUCCCCCAACUUCACCAUGGCAAAGUAACUCGUCACCGGACAUCGCCACUGUCGCGGAGUCCCGCAAACCACCACAACCACAGAGAAUGGCAGAGCAGCCUGAGACACCCGGCGAAUCACCGACACCGGCAAGUCCGUCCGUCUUCGAAUGCCCCUUCGACGUGGAAAUCGUUAAAGACGACUACGACCGCGACGACACUUACGGCACCGGUGCUUGGUCCAUCGUGUACAAAGCCACCACGCACGCCCGAACCGAUGCCACCGCGGACACCUCAUGUACACCACCAUCACCACCCACGACGAGCAUGCCCCCCCUGGUCGCCGUCAAAAAGCCCACCCGACGCGACGCCACCGCGAUCUUGCACUCCGAGGCCAAAAUUCUGGCUUAUAUCCGCACAGUUCCUUUCUCGGAAAAGUAUGUCGUCGGCUUCCACGGCACCGCCAGAGGCGACCCUGACCAGGCGACUCUCGUGCUCGACGGCCUCCCCUGCAGUCUAGAAGCGCAUCUGUGCAAACGGUCAUAUCGAUCGUCCCAGAAUUUCGGCAUCGGCACCAUGCGCGAGCCCGUGAUUGGGAGCGUCGACGCGUGGCUGACGCUCGCCAACCAAUUGGUCUCGGCGCUCGCAUGGCUGCACAACAUCGCCGGCGUGGUGCACGGGGACAUCAAACCCGCUAACAUACUGCUCUCCAACGUGGUCCACUCAGCGUCCUCCGGGGAGGUGGUCGAAUUCAUGCCGGUGUUGGCGGAUUUCUCGAGCGCGCAGAGGAUGCACGUGGAUGAGGUGACGCCCAACACGCUGGCGGCUAUGACGAGAGAGUAUACGGCGCCGGAACUCUUGUCGUCGAAAUUCCUGCGCAACCCGAACUCGAGAGCGACGGCCGCGAGCGACGUGUUCAGUCUCGCGGUGACGUUGUUGGUUGCCGCGACGGGAGAUUUGCUGGUGUACACUGGCACUGUGUUCCAGAGGCAGGCCAUGGCCACGCAGGGCUGGCAGGUUCUGGAGCACGUGCGUUCGGGCGAUCGGGGGAGCAGGGUGCCGCGGCACGGGGUUGUGGAGAGGGUGUUGGAAAAAGCCGUGCUGAAGAAGGACAUGGGUCGGGUGAGUGCGUUGGCCUGGCUGGAUAUUGUGGAGAGGGUGAAGCGUGGGGAGCCGAUGCCGUGGAAUUGACGUUGGACGGACUUGAAAAUGAAGCAAGUCGGCGUCUUGAGAACAGUCGAUGAGCUAACUCAAUGAUAUUCGGUCGUUGUAGACGCAGCCAGGGACCAAGGUCUGGCAUGUAUACAACACGGCGGCCACCACCUGCCAGUAUGAGGCAGGACUUCUUUGGUGCGAUACAUCCCGGUUCGGAAAUUAACAGAUAGCCACCCUACGAUUGAGACGCAUCUCUUCGAUAUAUUUGUUUUGGUGUGGAAUGGAAUGGGAGGGACGGAUAAACACAAACACGACAGUCCUGUUCUCGUUUUAUUUCUUCCGGGGCUUUUUUAUUCAUUAUUCAUGAAGUCCAAACGGCAGCACUAUCACCAUCACCACAGGAAAUGAGGUUGAGGUUGAGGUUGGGAUUGAGAUUGAGACUGAAUGUACAAGUAUUGGCUCUCGCAUAGCAAUGCAUGCGUUAUUGAGCAUUGGAUCACGGAGUUCUGUCUGAUUGAAGACAUAGACAGGCAUCCAUAGGAGCGAUGGGCAUGAUGGCUUUCUCUGCCCAGGAAAAGGAAUGGCCAGAAACGCUUGUAUUAUUAUGAUGCUAUUCGAUUGAACACGAUAUUUGAGACUUUGAC